AGUAAUAAAAUUUAUUCAAACAUGUUUGAAUAAAACUGUUUGUGAUGGCUUUAGUUAUAUUUGUGAGUUAUUUAAUUUUAAUUAUUUGUGUUCUUGUGGGUGUUGCAUUUGUUACUUUGUUAGAACGUAAAAUUUUAGGGUAUAUUCAAAUUCGUAAAGGACCAAAUAAAGUUGGCUUUAUUGGACUGCUACAACCCUUUGCGGAUGCUGUGAAGUUAUUUACUAAAGAGCAAACGGUACCUGUAAAAUCUAAUUUUCUUCCAUACUAUGCUUCACCUGUUUUUAGUUUGUUUACUGCAUUGAUUGUAUGGUUAGUAAUUCCUUAUGAAAUUGGAAUAAUAAAUUUAAAUAUAGGAGUACUUUUUUUCUUGUGUUGUUUAAGAUUAGGUGUUUAUUCAACUAUAAGAGCUGGUUGGGCUUCUAAUUGUAAAUAUUCUUUGUUAGGUAGGCUCCGGGCUGUUGCUCAGACUAUUUCUUAUGAAGUUAGUCUUGCUUUAAUUUUGCUUUCUUUUAUUUUUUUAGUGGGAGGUUUUAGUUUAGAACUUUUUAAUUUAUACCAAGAAAGUGUGUGAUUUUUGUGGGUCACAUUUCCGUUAGCUUUAAUUUGGUUUGCUUCUUGUUUAGCUGAGACAAACCGAACUCCUUUUGAUUUUGCGGAAGGCGAAUCUGAGCUAGUGUCUGGGUUUAACACCGAGUACAGAAGAGGUGGUUUUGCUUUAAUUUUCAUAGCUGAGUACGCUAGAAUUUUGUUUAUAAGAGCGCUGUUCGCAUUAUUAUUUUUAGGUGGUGGUCCUUCUAGUCCCCUUUUUUAUGCAAAGCUGGUAGGAGUAAGAUUCGCAUUUAUUUGAGUUCGAGGAACUCUUCCUCGUCUUCGUUACGAUAAGUUAAUAGGAUUAGCUUGAAAAAGAUUUUUACCAGUUUCUCUUAAUUAUUUAAUUUUUUUCAUGGGGAUAAAAAUACUAUGUUAUUGUUCUAUAAUUUAGUUUA